GAAUCCGGAUAUCAAGGCUCAUUGCUUACUUAUUGAGAUGAAAAUGGAGGUGCGCGCUGGAGUCGUUUUGGCUGCUCUCUCUCUGUCUCUGUUUUCGUACUGUUGCUCUGCCGCUACUCUCAUAACUCCUCAGAACAUACUUAACGGGACAGUAGGAGGAGAAAUCACAUUUCAUUUGUCAAUUGAUCCAGUCGAUCAAACGACGGAUUUUGGAACCUGGACAUUUGGUCCGAAAAUUGUUGUGACCUGGACGGACUCAAAGGAGAGUUAUACAAAGGAUUAUAUAGGAAGAGUCGAGGUGUCCCGCGCCACUGGCACUCUUAAGUUUAAUAAGCUGUUUGCUACUGACUCGGGAGAAUACCAAGUGUCGAUUACAACAGCUCCGUCUAAUCUCAAUCUAAAUGGAAGAGCUGAGUUAAAAGUGUAUGAACCUGUUUCUGAUGUCAAGAUAACACCCAAACCUGAACACCCAAUAGAAAACAAGACUUUCUCUCUGACCUGUGAUGCAUCUGGACAGGUGGAAUCGAUACACUGGGUAAAGAACGAUCAGCCUCUCUCUCCAUCUGGCCACAUCACCUUGUCUCCAGACAGUAAAACAUUGUCCUUUAAUCCUGUAAUGCGGUCAGAUAAUGGUAAUUAUACAUGUACAGCAUCCAACCCAGCCAGCAAGAUGAGCAGUGAAGUAUAUAAACUGACUGUCAACUAUGGACCUGAGCAAGUGUCUAUUAGUGGAUCAUCAGAUAAUGUAACUGUUGGAGCAGAAGUCAAUUUGACAUGUUCUGCUGUGUCUCAGCCCACUGCUAUCUUUACCUGGUAUCUGAAGGGGGAGCUCAUACAUAAAGAAGUGGUGUACUUAAUCAAAUCAGUCAAAUUAAAUAAUGCAGGCAAUUACACCUGUGAGGCUUUCAACUCUGUUACUGAAGAAAAGAGGUCAGCUAAAAUGGAGCUGUUUGUGACAGGGAGUGACGUUACACCGAAUGGAGAUCUGUCAGCGGGAGCUAUUGUGGGUAUUACUAUCGGAGUAAUUUUGUCUGUAGCCAUUAUAAUAGCUUUGAUUGUCAUUUACUGUUGUCAAGAUCAAAUAAAAGCUAUUCUGGGAUGGAAAGAGGGAGUAAUCAAAAUAAUAUCUGAAAAAAAUGAAGACUCACCAUUUAUCAGAGAAGUGAAUGGAGACAUCUCAUUUAUAGUGUUAAACAGUAAAUAUGUACAUUCUGGAAAAUGGACACUUGGUUCCAAAGAUGUUGUCAGUUGGAAUCGGAAAAGUGUGACUUAUGCACAUGAAUAUAAAGGAAAAGUUGAACUGACCCCCACCACUGGUACUCUGAAGUUUAUUAAGCUCCUUACUACUGACUUGGGAGAGUACAAAUUGGAGAUGAAAAUGGGACUGUUUCGUACACAUCAUGAAAAUGGGACAGCUACAUUGAAAGUGUAUGACCUCAUAACUCCUCAGAAUCCAGUUAUCGGAGAAGUGAAUAGAGAGAUAACAUUUAAUGUGUUAGUUGAUCCUCCAGGUGAAUACGCACAUACUGGAAACUGGAAACUUGAUAAAAAAACUAUUGUGGAAUGGAAAGACAAAAGAGUAACUUAUAGAGAUGAAUACGAAGGAAGAGUCAAGUUGACCACUGCUACUGGCACUCUGAAGUUUAAUAAGCUGCUUGCUGGAGACUCUGGAAAGUACACAGUGACGGUUACAAUGGGACCUACAUCUCUCAUUCUAAAUAGGACCAUUGAAUUAAAAGUGUUUGAGUGUAUUUCUGCUUUCAAACUAACGUCAGACCCUGAACAGCCAGUAGAAACAUACAAAUUCUCUCUGAAAUAUGAUACAUCUGAACACGUGGAUUCAGCACUCUGGAUAAAGAACCAAGAGCUUCUUUUAUCAUGUAACAGGAUUACCAUGUCUAAAACCAAGAAACAACUAACCUUUCAUCCUGUUCUACCUUUGGAUAAUGGUGUAUAUCAGUGUAUAGCAUUCAGUUCAGCCAGAACGAUGAUCAGCAAUAACAAAUAUAAAAUGGACGUCAUUAACCUCAAAACUCCUCAGAAUCCAGUUAUCGGAGAAGUGAAUAAAGAGGUAACAUUUAACGUGUCAGUUAAUCCUCCGGGUGAAUAUGCACAUACUGGAAUGUGGACAUAUGAUCAGAAAAGUAUUGUGAAAUGGGAAGGCAAAAGAGUAACUUAUACAGAUGAAUACCAAGGAAGAGUCAACUUGACCCACGCUACUGGCACUCUGAAGUUUAAUAAGCUGCUUACUGGAGACUCUGGAAAGUACACAGUGACGGUUACAACGGGACAACCAUCUCUCAGUCUGAUUAGGACAGUUGAGUUAAAAGUGUUUGACCUCAUAACUCCUCAGAAUCCAGUUAUCGGAGAAGUGAAUAAAGAGGUAACAUUUAACGUGUCAGUUGAUCCUCCGGGUGAAUAUGCACAUACUGGAAUGUGGACAUAUGAUCAGAAAAGUAUUGUGAAAUGGGAAGGCAAAAGAGUAACUUAUACAGAUAAAUACCAAGGAAGAGUCAAGUUGACCCCCGCUACUGGCACUCUGAAGUUUAAUAAGCUGCUUACUGGAGACUCUGGAAAGUACACAGUGACAGUUACAACGGGACCACCAUCUCUCAGUCUAAUUAGGACAGUUGAGUUAAAAGUGUUUGGAAAAAGAAAACCAGCAUAGUAGUUCCAGAAAGAACAGAAGAUUUAGAAAGGCACUAAAGAAAAGCAUCUUCACUGUCAAUGGUGCUUCAAUUAAGACAUCUGAAUUUUCCAGUUGAAAUGGUUAUCUGCUGAUUCAUCAAAUGUGACAAUUGAAACAUUGAUUAAAUAUGUUAAAAAAUAAAAAUGUAAUCACUGAAAAGGACUGGUAAAUGUCAUGGCUUUGUAAAUGGAAGGUGUUUGCUUCAUUCGCUGUAACAAUAUCUCACUGAUACUGUUAUCGUGAUCGUAGGUAACAAUUUAUUAUUUAGAGAGACACUGAAUUAAAAGGCUUGAGACACUGUAGACAAGGAUUGUUAAAAAAAGUUUUAAAAAGUUAAAGGCGGUCUGAGGAAACAAAAUAUUACUUUUGGAGCAACACAAAGAAAGGACUGAAAUUACCAUAAUAAAAGAAUGAAUUCAUAUUUGAAAAGGUAAAAAUCAACAGAACUAAACUAAGCAAGCAGGUGACUAUUUGUUAUCUGUUAAUUUACCUGUAUUAAGUUAACUAUCUGUUAAUAAUAUCCUGAGGCUGAUUGAAUUUAUCAAAUAAAUAAAAUGAAUGCAUGAAAAGAUAAACACAAUUUAAAAUCCAUUCGUCCAUUCAUUUUUUAAACAUACUUAAUCCAAAUUUAGGGCUUCAAGACAGAUGGAAAGCAUAUUAAAAUAACAUGACGAGUAAAUGUGACUUUUAACAUGCAGUCCAUAAUAUACUUGAUUUUCUAUCUGAUCUUGAAAAACAUCAGGUAAUCAUUAAAAUUUAAAUAAUUUAAAUGAGGAAAUUGUGUUUUUUUUCUAUAAGGACAGCACUUUGAGAUUACAUAUGGCACUAAAGAUGAUAAUAUAACUUAAUCAUUAAUUGACUGAAUACAGUAAAUGGUGAGACCCUGCAGGUGGGCAAAGUUAUUUAUGUAUGGCAAACCUCAGGAUCCUAAACUGCAAAAAAAAAUGUGCCAAACUACUGAUUUAAAAUAAUGUUGCUAACAGAAAAGAAUUAACUGCUGUUGAUAAUACUCUAAAUGUAUUGAACUAUUUUAUAUAAAACAAUGUUUGACCUAAUAAGUAAAAAAUGUAUAAUUAAUAAGAUAGUCACUUGAUCCACAUAAAAACUUGUCCUAAAUGUAAAUCUUUUCUUUAUUAACCUUUAUUAUGUAAUUAAGAAACAUUAGUCUGAUGAGAAAAGUCAAUGUUAAGACCACUGAUUUUGUUCAAUGAAUGCCUUUAGAAAUUAAAUUCCACUUGGAUUAUAGUAGUUUUAUUACUGUUUGAUUUAUUUUAUAUAGAUCUGCUUUUAAUAUUUAUUAUGAACAGCAUUGCUACAUCCUUCCAUCCAUCCAUUUUCUAGACAUGUGUGGAGGCUGUGCCUAUCACGGCACUGUUGGGACACAAGGCAGGAACCAAUGCUAGAUGGGCACCUAUCCAUUGAAAGGCACACUUGUAUGCUCAGUCACACAUGGACAGUUUGAAGUAACUAUUUAGUUUUAUCUUAUACAUAUUUGAGAUGUCGUGCAUUUGCAUUAUGAAAUGCAAAAUAAAAAAGGCCAGUCCACCCCGUCAUUACUUGAACCAUUCAUUCUAUUUCAAGGGUGUGGGAGUUUUAGCAACAACCCUGAACAGGAUGCACAAAAAAUUAUUAGAUCACAGCAUGAAAAACUUCAGUUUUUCUUACUAUAUUAUUUAAUGCUCAAAUAGUUGGCAAUAUAACAGUUAUAUUUACUAGAAAAGAGCUGCUUCAUUUCACAUUCAUGGGCCCUGAAUAGAGUCAGUUGUGUGCUUCUGUGGCAAAACCCCAGAGUUUGGAGAGAUGAUGCAUAAUGUAAGGUUAGUCUAUGUGUCAUAAAGGGUCUGCCUCUCAUUUCAGCAAGAUAGCCCAAUCUGGAAAGCCCAAUCUUUGUAAUUGUUUCUGCAGUAUGCCUCUUGGAUAUUAAAUUAUCAAUGAUCAAAUUGCAGAAUACAGUAUUACAAUAUUUUGUUGUGUUUGAAAAUAUUUUGAUUUUACAUAAUAUUUAUAGUUAAGUAAACUGGAUUUCAGUGAUGAGCAGUUCUGCCUUACAGUGACAGUAUGAAGGAUUGAAAAGGUUGGUAUACUCACCAUUUGUUUGGUGUCCGCAGCACUCGGAUCCCAGGUGGUUUGUCAUGUAGUGGGUGCUCCCAAACCCCCCCCCCCCCCCCCCAUCUCUCUCUCUCUCUCUCUCUCUCACUCAGAGUUCUUGUGGGUUUCCUUCAGGAUAUUCUGCUGUUCACCCAGAUCCCAAAGCCGUGGAGGUUUGAUUAGAUAGCAGCUCAAAAUGUUUAAAAAUGACUGCUAUACUUUUUUAAAAGUGUGCUUGAGUGUGCCCUAAUAUGGACUGAACUGGACUCAGCAAGUAUGAAAAUAGAUGGAUGGAGGGUCACUUACUUAAUGGAUUUAUUAUGAUGGUUUGCUCAGUAUGUUAAAACUAUUACCACAGGGAAAUACUUAACUUUUUAAUUAGACCUCAAUAAUAUAUCCAUACCAUAUUUUUAUAUUUUUAAAAUUUAUUUAAAUUUACCAUAUUUUCAUGUGUUCAAAUAUGUACUGGUGACUUUAUUUGAUUUUGUUUUUGUCUGAAAAUCUGUGAAUAAAAUAAAAGCAAUAAAUAUU